UCGCUUGGCUCGCUCUCUCAUUCAUCCCACCCACCCCCUCCCCAGAAGUUUUCCCGGCGUGCGGCUGUUUGAGAGAUGGAGGAGAAAAAGAAGAAGAGCGCCAAGGCCCAGCCCAUGCCCGCGAGUGCCCUCCGCAAGCUGCCGGUGCCGGCAAGCAAGAGCACCUCUUUCUCCUUGGGAAUGCCGCACCUGCCUUCUCCAAAGCAAAGGGCCAAGUUUAAGAGGGCGAACAAGGAGAAGCCGCGAGCUCCCCAGCCUGGAAACGGCACAGGGGCCUCGGUGGGCACCCCCCUGCAGCACUCGUUCCUGACAGACGUAUCCGACGUGUAUGAGAUGGAAGGCGGCCUUUUGAAUCUUCUGAACGACUUCCAUUCAGGGAAGCUGCAAGCGUUCGGAAAAGAAUGUUCUUUCGAGCAACUGGAGCACGUCCGGGAGAUGCCGGAGAAACUGGCCCGCCUGCACUUCAGCCUGGACGUCUCAGUCGAGGCCGAGGACCAGAAGAAAACGGUGGCUGACAGGAACCUGGAUCAGCUGCUCACCAACCUGGAAGAACUCAGCAACUCCAUACAAAAGCUCCACUUGGCGGAAAAUCCAGACUUGGAAGAAGCAUCCACCGUCUAAGAUCCUCGGGGCAGCCCCUGAGUCUUCUCACGUCCUUCUUUCCGCUGGAAGCCUCAGGAAAUUUUUUUUUAAAAGGGAGCUGCAUGGAACGGUGUGAAGAUGAGCCAUCCCUUGGGAGCCAUUUCUGAACUGUACAGGGAAAGAAUACUGGGGGGAAAAGGGGGGGAAGGGUUGAUGUAUAGAAACUGGGGUGGGGCAGGGCCAGACAUUUGACAAUGAGAGAACUGUGUCCGCUCCACCAGAAACAAGAACACCCGAGAAAGGAGCCAACUGUGGAACAGGAAUCCGGGGAAAAGGAGGAAACUGGAAAAACAGCCCAGCAACGAACUGCGAGAGAAACAGCCGGUUCCCUACCUGUGUUCCAACACUGUGGGUCAACCAAGAGCAAUCCAGUAAUGUUGUGUGUGUGAUGUUUACAGGCAUCUUCUGAUGCCUGACACAGGCUGGGCAGCAUGGCUUCAGGGUCAUAUGCUGGCCGAAGUAACAUGUUCUGGAAUCAAGAUGCAUGCAAAUAUUCCUUAAAUUCUGACCAGAUGGAUUCCCAAAGAAGGGAAGAGCAGACCCCAGGGAACUUCUCUUUCUUGGGAUAGGGGGGAGAAGGGAAGAAAUGUUUCCAAGCUUAGGAAAAGCCUUUGGGGGUUUUUUGGACAACAGCCUCCCCAAAAUCCCAGUGGUUCUAGUCGUCUUAGGGUCGAAGUCCAAAAAAACAAACACAGUUUCCCAUCUCAAUGACUUUUACCUUUCCUUUCCACCCAGCCCCAACCUGCACAAACCCUUUGCAAAUGCACAGACAGCAUGUCAAAUCCUGUUGGCAGUCACUGAUUUCAUUGGCUAGCGCUGGCUAGAUUGACAAUCCCUCCAGCUUAGAAAGGUCCCUCCAACUCAGACCUUCUCCAGGCAGCAUGCGAGGUUGUAAAAACUCCAACCUAAUACAGCUCUAUUGUUCUCCUUAUUUACACACCCUUUUUAAAAAGCAACUUCUCCGUUGGUUCUGCUCCAGAGUCCAUCGUGAAGAAAAGGCUGAGUAUCUCUCUAGCACACGUGGAUGGGCUUUCUCGGAAGGCUACACAACCGUGUUUAUCUCCAUCUAAACGGUGGAGGAAAGCUUACAGGCAAGAACAGGGCCACCCACUGCAAUCUGCGUGGAGUCAACACACAUUUGAAGGGAGCAUUGGGACAAAAAUUGUGUUACUUCUGUCACACCAUCUGCUGCUUCGCCACCGCGUUGGCCUGCUCUGUGUCAAUAUCUUGUAUUUUGGUUUCCCACUUAACAGCGGCUGCGUAAGGCAGGCUUGUAAGGAACCAAGCAAGACAUUGUGCUAAGCAGAUCUUGCAAAUGCGCCUUU